GGGAGCGGGCAGCUUGAGUGCCUGGGCCCCGCGCGCCAGCCAGUCAGCGCGUGAGUGGCCCCGCACCGCCUCCCUUUUUCUCCCCCCCACCCCUUCUCCUCCUCAGAGCGCCUGCGUACGGGCGCGCGGGCCUCUGCCACUUCCCUCCUCCUUUCCCCCCCCCCCCUUUUUUUUUUCGCCCGCGGCGCGAGCCCAGAAGAGGCGACGGCUGUGGUGGCGACGGCGGCCGCCAUGGCCCAGCAGAGGCCCAGACCUGGGCCGAGAUAGGGGAGGGCUGUGGCGGAGGCGGCCUCCGGCCCGGCUUGGGGGAAACACGGAAAAAGCCUCGGCCUCCCCACGUAGAUAUAGGUAGAGAGACACACACACCUUACUGCCGGGCCCGGAAAAGGGGAGGGCCCCACCAAAAACAGGUCCAUUUUGAUUUCUCGGACUGUGGAUUCUGGCAAGAAAGCCAAAAGAUGGGUGUCAAAACAUUUACCCACAAUUCCCCCGCACACAGCCAGGAGAUGCUCGGGAAGCUGAACAUGCUGCGUAACGAUGGGCAUUUCUGCGAUAUCACCAUUCGUGUCCAAGACAAGAUCUUCAGGGCACACAAAGUGGUGUUGGCAGCCUGCAGUGACUUCUUCCGUUCCAAGCUGGUUGGACAAGCAGAAGAGGACAGCAAAAGUGUACUGGACUUGCAUCACGUGACUGUAACUGGGUUCAUGCCUCUCCUGGAAUAUGCAUACACGGCAACACUCUCGAUUAACACAGAAAAUAUUAUUGAUGUCUUGGCUGCAGCUAGCUAUAUGCAAAUGUUCAGUGUUGCUAGCACCUGUUCUGAGUUCAUGAAGUCGAGCAUUUUGUGGAACACUCCCAGUAGCCAGCAAGAAAAGGUGCUAGAUACAGGACAGGAAAACAGCGCAAACUGCAACUUUACCUCUCGAGACGGUAGCCUUUCGCCAGUUUCUUCAGAAUGCAGCAUGGUAGAAAGAACCAUUCCUGUCUGCCGAGAGUCGCGGCGGAAGCGCAAAAGUUACAUAGUCAUGUCGCCUGGAAGUCCUCUUAAAUGUAGCACUCAGACAAACUCCCCACAGGUUCUGAAUCCUUCAGCUUCCUAUGCAGAGUCUAGAAGUCACCCUGUAGACUCUUCCUUGGCUUUUCCUUGGACUUUCCCUUUCGGAAUUGACCGAAGGCUUCAGUCGGAGAAGGUGAAGCAAGUCGAAAAUUCUCGGACUCUAGAAGUGCCUGGCCCAGCAGAAGCGUCCAGAAGAAUUGCUGAUUACGUGACUUGUGAGAGCACAAAGGUCAGUUCCCCUCUGGUGAUUGAAGAAGAUGUGCGUGUCAAAGUGGAAAGGUUAAGUGACGAGGAAGUUCACGAGGAGGUGUCCCAGCCCGUCAGCGCGUCCCAAAGUUCCCUGAGCGAUCAGCAGACGGUUCCUGGAAGUGAGCAAGUUCAGGAAGACCUUUUGAUCAGCCCACAGUCGUCUUCUAUAGGUUCGAUAGAUGAAGGAGUCACUGAGGGGUUGCCAACACUCCAAAGUACUUCUGGUGGUAAUGUUCAUGACGAUGAUCGAUUGGAGACUGUCCAGUAUCCUUACCAGCUCUAUAUUACUCCUUCAACCAGUAGCAUAGAGAGACCCAGCCCAAAUGGUCCUGAUAGACCUUUUCAGUGCCCAACUUGUGGUGUUCGAUUCACUCGUAUUCAGAACUUAAAACAGCACAUGCUCAUCCACUCAGGCAUUAAACCAUUUCAGUGUGACCGCUGUGGGAAAAAGUUCACCCGGGCUUAUUCGCUAAAGAUGCAUCGCCUGAAGCACGAAGGUAAACGCUGUUUCCGGUGCCAGAUAUGUAGUGCCACUUUCACUUCCUUCGGGGAAUAUAAACACCACAUGCGGGUUUCCCGGCACAUUAUCCGCAAGCCUCGGAUUUACGAGUGCAAAACAUGUGGCGCCAUGUUCACCAACUCUGGAAAUUUAAUCGUUCAUCUGAGGAGUCUGAACCAUGAAGCGUCAGAGCUAGCAAACUACUUCCAGAGCAGUGAUUUCCUAGUACCGGACUACUUAAAUCAAGAACAAGAAGAGACCCUCGGCCAGUAUGAGCUAGGAGAGCAUGGAUUUGAAAGCAGCUCCUCUGUCCAAAUGCCUGUCAUUUCGCAGGUCUCAUCGACUCAGAAUUGUGAAAGCACUUUCCCCUUGGGGCCUCUGGGUGGGUUGGCAGAGAAGGAGGAAGACAUGCCAGAGCAGCCAAAGACUAUUGUAAGUGCCGAGGCAAGCCGGGAUGAACCCCCGAAACCGGGGCUCUCGGCGAUUACUAUUGAUCCUUCAGUGGAUCUUAUAAAGCUCACCCAGAGACUUGGCUGCGUUAAAGGUGCUUCCAAGUAGCACUGCGGUGACCCAGGAGGGCUUCAAGACACCUCGAAAGGGGCAGGGCCGUGGCCGCUGCUAGCUGCUGAUAUUCGGAUAUCCCUGAAUAAUAAGAAGCCCGAGAUUGCUUUCUGGCUCCAUUUCUGCAGUGCCGACUGUCUCUGGGCCUUU